CAUCACCAAUGGUCACCAGAACGCGUCGCCCGUCGGCGACUAGACGCUGAGGAAAGUACGGGCGAGUUAAUGAAAUAAUCCGCAUUCACUGACGGCUCCUAUUCUCCCUCCUGUUGUUCCCUAACUGUGAAUGCCGAUCAGGGCGACCGUUUUGACAGGCGGACAUUACCUCAGGCAGCGGUCCGGGCAAUGCAGGCCGAACUCCGUCCCCCUCCCCAACCCCAGCUUCAGGACCAGCUGGAGGCCCAGGCCGAUUCGCCGCCGCCGCCGGUACUCCCUCACCUCGACCUCUCCAACUUUGAGAGCCCGCGAGCGGCGCGCGGCAGCCGGUACGUGUUGACCAGCCCGCGCUCACUGGAGGCGUGCGCGCGUCGGGGCCUGCAGCCCGUCCAGCUGCUGCCACGGCCGCUCGACGAGUGGGCCCGCGAAAACCCACACGAGCCGCUGCGCAACCUCCAGCGUCGGUGCCGGGAGCACGAGCGGGAGCGCCGGAGGUGGCUGAGAGAGUGCAGAGAAGAGAGAGAGCGUAUCAUUGAGGAAGAAAAAGCUCAAAGAACACCCCUGCCAACUUUUGUAAAAUUUGAUGCUCAGAGAUCUACUAGUGAAUCUGGUUUCCCCAACAGUUAUGUUUUGGAUGCUCUCCACGAAGGACAGAGUUCUUCAAAUGUUCCUCUGACAGAUGACAAGAGUCCAUUACCUGGUUGGGCUGUUUCAAGAGAAGGAAGUAAACAGCCAGACGAUAGGCAAGCAUUUGCCCAGGUGAAAAGGAAAGAUUCAAAGGAUACCAGUAUGGUUGGGUAUUUUCAAAGGAAUACCAAUCUUGGCGAUUUAAGGCAGUCCCCUGCCACAGCAAGGAAACUGGACAAGCUGGUCAGUGAGAUCCGAAGGGAAUCCAAUGUAAUCAUUCCUGAACGUGAUCGAAAGAUUGCUGCUUUAAUGCUGGUUAAGCAUCAGGAAGAGCAAGAGAGGCUGGAGAAGCGUUUCAAAGCCCAACAGUUUUGGGACAAACUGAAACGAGCAGAAAGACUAGCACAAAUGAAGAAGGAAACUGAAAGGCAGAAAGGCUUAAUCAAAAGUAUUGGCAGGUGGAAAAAAGAGCAAGAAAUGAGACAGUUCAAGAUACAGCAGGAAAUAACACAGAUGGCUGAGCUCCGAGAGAAGGAUGCCAUUUUGAAAGAAAGCAAGUGGAAGAUGUUAGCUGAGAAACAAAACAUUAAAAAAAGGGAAAAACUAGAUCAAGCUAAGUAUGAAGCUGAAAUGCGUAAGUCUCAGCAGAAGCAACUAUGGAAGCAAACAGAAGCCAUCAAGCAAGAUAGCAAGGAGCACGAAGUACAGGUGUUACAGGCAAAGCUGUCAAAAGCCGCCCAGAAACGGCUUCUGAAAGAAAUGAGCAAUCAGAAUAGAAUUAAAAUGGAGAAUGAGCAUGAGAAGCUAAAGCACAUGAUGCUGAAAAAUGAGAUUGACAACCUGACCAAAACUGAGGAGUUGAUGGUGAGGAUGACACUAGAGAGAAAGUUUUUAAAAUUUAAGGAAAACCACAAACAUUUGCUGGAAGAAAGAAAAAGAAUGCUGAAAGAAAAGGCAAUUAAGGAAGAACACCAGAUACUGCAAGCCAAGCUAAAGGCGGAAAAACUAGAACAGGAGCAGAAAGAACGCAAGGAAGUGUUGGCUGAAAUCUCUGAACUUAAAAUUGAACAAGCCCAGAAAACUGUGUUGAAGAGCAUCCAGAAUAAAGUCCUGCAGGCUCAAAAGAGCAGAUCAGAAAAGGAGAAGAUCCACCAGCAGAUCAAAAAAAGGGUUGAGGAGCAGGAGGAAGUAUACAGGCAAGCAAUGAAAGCAACUAUUGAGAAGAAAGACAAGAGAACUGAAGAAAUUUUGAAAGUAAAGGAAGCAACUAUUGAAGAGUCCCGUCAAGCUGCCAGGGCAGCCUUCCAAAUGAGGGAGCGAGUGAGAGAGCAUAUCAACAGCCGGUCUUUUGAUCAGAUGGCUAUGGAAGCUGAGCUUUGGGCCAGCUUGGUGAAAAAGAUAGCAUAUUAAUAUCUGAAAAUCAGUAAGUAGCUAGAAUGGUAAUUUUCCUUAGUAGAUAUGUUCCUGUGUAAAGGGAAUGAUUUUGGGCUUUGAAUUUAAGACAAAAUUUCUUUUUACUUUUAGACAAGGCAUAAACAUGGACACUUGUGUAUUGGUUCAUUGUAGACCAUGGGAUAAUUAGUUUUCUCAAGGAAGUUAAAUAUUUUGGGGAUCUAUUCCAAGAAGUGUUCCGUGAAUUUUGAUAUGUGGCAGGAUUACAGUUAAGUGAAAAUUCCUGAGGCAUUUUCAUGACCACAUUCAUAAAUGAGUGUUUUGAAGCUGUAGAAAAUAUUGGCCCUAUUGUCAACUAGACAGUGCUUUACUUGAGAAUGAUUUGAUACCAUGUCCACAGAGCAAGUCCCUGUGUUGCUUUUCAGGAGGGAAAAUCUGUGAACUUAGGGCCAUCCAUAAGAGAUGUCAUUUUCAUCGCAUUUAAACUCUUUUCUUGUGCAAUGCUCCAGUCACUGGCACAACAAACAAUUUGCAGGAGGGACUCAGUAGGUUAAGAGGCAUCUGUUGGGUGUGUAUGGGAGGGAGGAAUUAUCAAUGUUUCAUUUUGAGUACCUGCAUCAGGACUGAGGGUGGAGAGGUAAAAAUGGCUGGUAUAAAGAGGAGGGGGAGCUGGUAAGACAGACGCCAGAGGUGAUCGGUGGACUGUGGUGGACUUAAAGGAUGACAAACUGAUUGAGCCAGAUAGGGAAGGGUAUGGGUUUUGGAGAGGAGAGAAAAUACAAACAGGGUGACCUGAGGAGGACUGGAAGAAGAAGUGUAGAGAGAGAGCGAGAAUGUGUUCUUUCUUCUUAUCUCCUUCCAAUCCUCCUUGUGUUCCUCUGUUCCUUUCCCCAAUGCUCCAACUCCAACAUUCAUCUCCAUCCCCCUGCCCAUUACACCCACCUACUACCAACACAUUUCAACCACUAGUUCUUCCUUUCCCCGUAUGGUUCUGGAUCUUCCUGCCCUUCACCUCUCCCCUAAUCAUUUCCACUAUCAUCACCCUAUUUGUCAAAUUCCAGCACUAGUAGCCUUUGUGUUCCUGCUUAUCACCCUCCAACAUCUGUCUCUACCUCCAUUCUCAGCCUUCCCUCCCCACUCACUUCUUGGCUCCACCCUCCUUUCUUUGCCUGCCUCUAUUAUAUCUCCCAACUCCACUCCUGCCCUCUUGUUCUUGGCUCGGUCUGCAUAGUCAACAUAGUCUCCCCAACAUAGUCUCUUCAUUCAGCAUAGUCUCCCCUACCCAUCACACCUCUUCUAGCCAUCAUCCUGGUCUGACCAUUCCUUCUCCCCGGUUGGGUUGAGUUGUUCUCCGAUCUAGGCAAUUUACUUGCAAACGUUUCAUCCCCAUGCAAGGAGAUAAUGUCAGUGACCUGCUGAUUGUGGUAUGUCCUCUUGAAUACUUGGCCUGCAUAUACUUCUCAAUCAGCUGAUUUCAGAAACCCAUUUGUGAUGUGGGGAGGAGGUCUUAUUGUUGAUUGGUUGUGUGGUGAACUUUGUGCGUUGUGGUCUGGAAUUUUGCCCACAUUGACGUAAAUAGGAUCGAGGUCUACAUGUUUGUUUACAGAAUUUUUAGUGGAAAACCACACUUCUCUUGUAUGCUGUGUGUUUGCUUGCACCAUGACUUUCACUGAUGCCCAGUCAAAUUUGUGCCCUUUUCAAUCUUUGUGAGUAGAGAUUAGGGAGAUUUAGUCGUGUUGCUUUACAGCCAGUUGAUGUUCAUGGACCCUUGUUUUCUCCCCGUUUGACUGACAUAAUGUUUGCUGAAGUCCCUGCAUUAGAACUCGUAGACCAAAUUGGUCCUGUCUAAUAGCUUGAUUUAUUCUUUUGAUCUGCAAAGUACUCUCCUCAAUGAUGUUCUUGGCUUGUGCACAACUGAAAUUCUCUGUUCUUGGAGCAGUCGGGCCAUUAUCUCCAAGAUAUUUGGAAUGUAUGGAAGGACAACCCGUUUGGUUGCUUCUUGGUUGGUGCGCUGUCAACUUCAUAGGCAUCUUUGUAUGAAAUUCUGCUGGUAUCGUUUCAUGCAAAUAUUUGAAGAGGUGUUUCUCCUUCUUGUCCUUCAGUUACACUGUGCUGCAGUUUGUCUCUGCUCUUCGGAACAAAGUUUCGAUACAGCUCUUCUUCUGUACAUACGGUGGUUGCUUUGAUAAUUUAGGAUCUGAUCUGUAUGCAUUCCCUUACAAUAAAUGGAAGUGUCCAAAGUGCCAUUUGUGUUUCUACUGACAAGCACAUCCAAGGAUGCUUGUUUCUUCUCAGUUUCUGAUUCCGUUGCGAACUUAAUAUUGUCGAACGUAUCAUUGAUUAAUUUAUAAGUUCUUUCGGUUUCGCUGUAUUUUACUAUGACAAAGUAUCAUCAACAUAAAUGACCACUUCUUCCUCCUACCACUUUAUACAGGUCAUCUGCCCUCUCCACCCAUAAUUCUGAUGCAGGAUUUUGACUCAAAGCAUUGAGAAUUUCUCCUCACCCUAUACAGAUGCUGUGAGUUCCUCAAACUAAUUGUUUGUUGCUCUAAGUUCUAGCAUCUGUGGUUGCUUGUAACUCUCUGGUCAUUAGCUAUUGUGACGGUGUACAAGGGAAGAUAAAGAUAUUUUUAAUUUUGCAGAAGCCUGAUCUUGGUCAAGCUAUGCAAGAGCUGAAAGCUUCCACACUGCUGUACAUCUGAUUGCUAGUCCCUCCUUUAGUCUUCUGUUUUACCCCAUACCUACCCCCUCACCUGCUGCUCCUUUAGUCUUGUGUUUUACCCCAUACCUACCCCCUCACCUACUGCUCUGUUCAAAACCGUUAUCUGAGUGUAAUUGGACAUCAGCAUUGAAGGUGUUGGGCUGGGAGAGGAUGCUAGCAUUAGUUUGAUUAUCUUGCCAGGAAAUUAUAAUUUACUGAGGUAGUGCUGAUAUCUUUCCAUUGCUUUCAAGUGCCUUUUAGCAGUAGUCCAUGUCACACAAAUGCAUAGUAUGGCAGGAUCACUGCGGCCUAGGAAAGAUGAACUGUGUACUGAAUUUGAAAUCUUGAUUAUCGUUCAUUCUGUUCCCAAGUUGUCCAAAGGCUUCUGUGGCACACAAAGGGUUAAAUUCCUUUGAUAUCUGCUUUCAUUGAGAAGUUGCCCACAGAAAUAUGAAAAGGUCGGAUUACAGUCAGUUACUUGGCACUUCAAGCUUGCUUCACUGUUCAGUAUGAUCAUGGCUGAUUGUCUACCUCAAUGUUAUAUUCUUGUUUCUUUCUCCACGUUCACUGAUGACUUUGUGCCUAGAAAUAUAUCUACCUUCUCUUUAAAUAUAUUCAUAACUUGACCUCUAUAACCUUCCAAUUCCACAGGUUUACCACACUGGGUGAAGAAAUUUCUCCCCUCUGACCAAAAUGUUUUGUAUCAUGUGCUGGGACUGUGGCUCCUUGUCCUGAUCUCCUCAAUCAGAGGAAACAUGCCCCCUGCAUCUAACCUGUUUUUUAAAUAUAUAUUUCUGUGCAAUUUCCUUCUGAACUUGAGUCCAGCCUGUCCUCAAACAGUGGUCUUACUGCCCCAGGAAUCAAGUGUAGAGGACUAUCUUUACACUCUCUCUAAACUGGUUACAACACAGCUCUGUAUAAUUGUGGUGAGAUCCACAUCCCUUUGUACAUCAAUAUUUCCCUUCUAUUAUUAUUUAAAUAAUGCUCAAUCUUUACAGUUUCUUGCUUAAAUGGUACCUUUGUGUUUAUGCAAAUUAUACGGUAUCUGCCUUAAACUGACAGUCAAAUUUUUUUCAUAUCAUCACAACACAUAGACACAUAGAAACAUAGAAAAUAGGUGCAGGAGUAGGCCAUUCGGCCCUUCAAGCCUGCACCGCCAUUUAUUAUGAUCAUGGCUGAUCAUCCAACUCAGAACCCUGCACCAGCCUUCCCUCCAUACCCCCUGAUCCCCAUAGCCACAAGGGCCAUAUCUAACUCCCUCUUAAAUAUAGCCAAUGAACUGGCCUCAACUGUUUCCUGUGGCAGAGAAUUCCACAGAUUCAUCACUCUCUGUGUGAAGAAGUUUUUCCUAAUCUCAGUCCUAAAAUGCUUCCCCCUUAUCCUCAAACUGUGACCCCCUCGUUCUGGACUUCCCCAACAUCGGGAACAAUCUUCCUGCAUCUAGCCUGUCCAAUCCCUUUAGGAUUUUAUACGUUUCAAUCAGAUCCCCCCUCAAUCUUCUAAAUUCCAACGAGUACAAGCCUAGUAGUUCAUCCAGUCUUUCUUCAUAUGAAAGUCCUGCCAUCCCAGGAAUCAAUCUGGUGAACCUUCUUUAUACUCCCUCUAUGGCAAGGAUGUCUUUCCUCAGAUUAGGGGACCAAAACUGCACACAAUACUCCAGGUGUGGUCUCACCAAGGCCUUGUACAACUGCAGUAGUACCUCCCUGCUCCUGUACUCGAAUCCUCUCGCUAUAAAUGCCAGCAUACCAUUCGCCUUUUUCACCGCCUGCUGUAUCUGCAUGCCCACUUUCAAUGACUGGUGUAUAAUGACACCCAGAUCUCGUUGCACCUCCCCUUUUCCUAAUCGGCCACCAUUCAGAUAAUAAUCUGUUUUCCUAUUUUUGCCACCAAAGUGGAUAACUUCACAUUUAUCCACAUUAAAUUGCAUCUGCCAUGAAUUUGCCCACUCACCCAACCUAUCAAAGUCACCCUGCAUCCUCUUAGCAUCCUCCUCACAGCUAACACUGCCGCCCAGCUUCGUGUCAUCCGCAAACUUGGAGAUGCUGCAUUUAAUUCCCUCAUCCAAGUCAUUAAUAUAUAUUGUAAACAACUGGGGUCCCAGCACUGAGCCUUGCAGUACCCCACUAGUCACUGCCUGCCAUUCUGAAAAGGUCCCGUUUGUUCCCACUCUUUGCUUCCUGUCUGCUAACCAAUUCUCUAUCCACAUCAAUACCUUACCCCCAAUACCGUGUGCUUUAAGUUUGCACACUAAUCUCCUGUGUGGGACCUUGUCAAAAGCCUUUUGAAAAUCCAAAUAUACCACAUCCACUGGUUCCCCCCAUCCACUCUACUAGUUACAUCCUCAAAAAAUUCUGAGAUUCGUCAGACAUGAUUUUCCUUUCACAAAUCCAUGCUGACUUUGUCCGAUGAUUUCACCGCUUUCCAAAUGUGCUGUUAUCACAUCUUUGAUAACUGACUCCAGCAGUUUCCCCACCACUGACGUUAGGCUAACCGGUCUAUAAUUCCCCGGUUUCUCUCUCCCUCCUUUUUUAACAAGUGGGGUUACAUUAGCCACCCUCCAAUCCUCAGGAACUAGUCCAGAAUCUAACGAGUUUUGAAAAAUUAUCACUAAUGCAUCCACUAUUUCUUGGGCUACUUCCUUAAGCACUCUGGGAUGCAGACCAUCUGGCCCUGGGGAUUUACCUGCCUUUAAUCCCUUCAAUUUACCUAACACCACAACCCUACUAACAUGUAUUUCGCUCAGUUCCUCCAUCUCACUGGACCCUCUGUCCCCUACUAUUUCCAGAAGAUUAUUUAUGUCCUCCUUAGUGAAGACAGAACCAAAGUAGUUAUUCAAUUGGUCUGCCAUGUCCUUGCUCCCCAUAAUCAGUUCACCUGUUUCUGUCUGUAGGGGACCUACAUUUGUCUUUACCAGUCUUUUCCUUUUUACAUAUCUAUAAAAGCACAAUUCACAGCCCUGUUCCCAACAGCAAGGUUUAUGUCAUUGGCAAACUUGUCAGCGUCUGUAGAUAAAGAGCAGUAAGCAGCCUGCUGGAGGAACUCAGCAGGCUGAGUGGCAUCUGUGGAGGGGAAGGAGGUUAAAAAACAGGGGCAUUCUUUUUAAAAUAUUUGGGUGAAAAAUUGUGGAAAAUCUUUUCUCUAGUGGCGUGGAAGUUCAAAUUCUGCAUGCAAGGGUUGUGGAAUUGGAACUCAUUGCCGGAAAGUAGAGCCAGGAGUCCUCAUCACAUUUAAAUAAUACUUGAAGGAUUCCAUGCCACCAGAGCUGCAGUCCUAAUGCUGUAAGGUGGAUUUGGCCUGAAUUGCUUCUUUGACAAGAAUUGAAAUGAUGGAUGAAUGGCCACCUCCUGUGCUGUAAAUUUGCUAUGAAGAGACAGAUUACUAUUCUGUUAUGUAGAACCUUGAUGGAAGUUUCAUUAACUUGACUUUGUUUAAAAGUUGGAGAAACAGAAGUCUGUUUCCAGUAAUUACUGUUUUUAUCAGAUGUCAGUCAGUACAUUCCGAUGUUCAUCUCCUGUCAUGUACUAUAUUUUUAUAAUUUCUUAAAUGGUUGGUGGCUGUCACUUAAGCAACUGUGUUGGACCCUUGUUGUUCAACUGUAGAUUGUGCAAGUCUUCAAAAUAACGAUCGUAGCUUGUUAACGUUUGCACUGAUAGUGGCCAAUAUUGAGAGAUAUUUUGAUGAGUCAGCCUUUAUGUCUACUUUGCAUGAGGUUACUGUAGUUUCUGGCUUCUUUAAAAAUUCUUUGUAUUCCUAACAUUUGUGAUGUAAUACUGUAUGUCCAUUUGUUUUUAGUAGAAGACAGGAGCUCUAAGAAUCAGCAUAGUGAACCUGAUGCACAAAAUGCUUUUAGAUUCUUAAAUGUAGUCUAUGUGUGGGAUGUAAUGGAACUGAAGCUUGCACUCAGUGGAAUGAUAAUAAAGUUGAGAACCAAGUUAUUUCCAUUAAGAAAAACAAAUAUUUUACCCACUAAUGCAAUUAAUUUCCAUCUGACCUUCAUUUAAGCUCUUAUCCUUUAAAAUCAUAUUUGUUUUUUUUUGUUUUGCUGCGACUUUGUAGGAUAUUGUAGCAUUGGUGAUGACUCUCCACUAUGAGGGCAGGAACUCCAACUGUAACAUAUGAAUUAAUUACCAACAGAAUCUGAUACAGUAAGACCAACCAAAUCACUGAUGAAUAUGUGAUAGUGAUUUGGCACAAGUAUUAAAUGGUCUACACCUGUCUCCUGCAGGCAUUUACCUAGUUUGUGUAGUACGAUGAUAUAGGUCCAAUCUAUGAAGCCUUGAAAUCAAAACUGUUCCAUUAAACAACUGCAAACUAUCUUGUUUUCCCCAUUUACUGACUUCCUCCUUUUCAUCAGGACUUCUUUGUGCCAUGAACCAUUCUGCUGCCAGGGCCUGGAAGGUGACCAGGUACCUGAAGUUCUCCUGUGGCUUUAUUUUGUCUCAGUAAAUUUGCAUGUGAUGUUGUUAGGGAAAGAAUUUGACCUUAAAAACUUCCCAUGUUGCAUGUUUUUGCUCUGUAUGUUAUGUGGCAUUGGUAAUCUUUUUGCAAAGCUAUCAGCACAAUUCCUGGGAUUUUCAGUAGAAUUUAAGAUGGAGAGUAAUUAUAAAAUCAGCUUAUGAUAUCUCUGGCUCAAAUGGUUGUGCAUUUGACUCCUCCAGCCAUUUGAGCCCAUGUUCUACAAAUCUUAUUGGAGAAAUGCAUAGAAUAUCUGUAUCUUCUGUUGUCUGGGUAUUCUUCUGCUGACCUGGAUAUUAUUCUCCCAAAUAAUACAGUUGGAAACUUAAGAACUAUGUAAUGUUAACGUAUUUGUGAGUCCUUGUAGCAUGCAAAUAGCUGCUGCAUUUGCCUCUAAUAUUGCACUUCAAUAUACAUAUUUUUGUCAAACACUUUCAAAGGUGUUGGUGCUUUUAAUGAGGGAGUAAGUGACAAUAUUGGAAUGUUUAGUUAAGCAGAUGGCUAAUUUAACAAUGACUUUUUUAGAUUUUCAGAGUCGCACUUUGCACAUUUAGUCAGAUGCAUUUUAUUAAAACAUUAGAAUUUUCACCUAACUUUAGUCUGAAUUUAAGAUCAUGACUGUUUUAUAUAUUGGGUGCUACAGAGAAGUUGUGGAACCGACUAGUAACUUUGCCAUUUGAAGGCCACAGGGAUUUCUUGUUUAUGUAGUACAAUUUUGUCAUGUUCUGGUGGGGUCAAAAUGUGCAAUUGGAGUCAUUGGUUUAUGGUGACAAUAAAUCAAAUGUUUGUUUUAUUAGGUGUGUCUUGUGAAACACUGUGUGGAAUUCCAUCUAGACUAAACUGGUGGCCUUUUUUGGUGAUUUAUCAGGUGCAUAGAACCAUAGCCCCUCUCUCCCCCCUUGGUAAGGUAGUACACUGUUCCUAAUAUGGGGACUUUUAUUUCCCAUGUCAAUGUAUAUAGUUAUAUUUAAAUAAGUCAUGUGGUAUUUUUAUACACAGAGGCUUUCCUUAAAGCAAUUUUAUUUUUAUC